AUGUUGAAGUUUCUUUUGAGUUCAUUAGUUCUUCUCUCGUUCUCAACGGUUUUCUCUGCACCUAUUGACCAAGAGCUGAGUUAUGAGUGUGCAUCAUGUCAAUUGGCAGCACACUUUGUAAAUUCUCAAAAAUCUAAAAGUGAUAAAACAGACAAUUUCGUAUCACAAAAAGCCGUGACUCGUCAUUGCUCGAAAUUGGAAAAUUGUGGCGUAGCUCUUACACAUUGUCAAAUUGUUACUAAGCUGGCUUCUGUCCCUCUUGUGUUGCCAGGGAACAGCAGCAGCACUAAUCCUCAUAAACUCAUUUUGGAGAACUCCGUACAGACGUUCCUACGUGAAGCUUCGAAUCAAUGCGUUCAAGAUCCUAGCAAAGCUGUCAUUACUAGCAAUGACCAGUCCCUGAAAUGUAGUUUGUGUAUUCUAAUUUAUAACUUUUUCAAAUACUUCAACACAGCCAUUCUUGAGAAUCCCAUGCUUACAUAUGUUCCCGAUGCCGUGAAGCUCACAUGCUUCAUAGUGACCAAUGGCUUAGGAGGAGAACCAGCAGUUUGCCAGGCUAUGAUUGAAGGUAAUGGUCUUGUGGAUAUCAUGAGAGGAAUACAAGACUCUCUCGGAAGUUUCUAUGAUCUCAUUGCCGUCCAAGGCAUGGGAUGCUACCCAUAUCAGCAACUUUUUUCCGAUUGUGGUUAUUAA